UAGUUAGUUACCAUAUUAGAAGAAUCCUAAUCCUAAUAUGGUUAGGAUCUCUAGCUAUAUAUACUCACAUGUAUUCACCUCUAUUGCUUAAGUAAAAUCCAUUAAUUCAUAUUAAUUCAACAUGGUAUCAGAGCUUCACGAUCCACCUCUCUGUCUCAUGGGUUAACGCAAGCAGAAGAAAAAAAAAAUUCUUCACGCAUAGGGUUUCUCAGCCGCAACACUUUUUUGUUCGGAAGUACCUUCCUCUCAGCCGCAGCACUAUCUUCGGCGGCAGCACCUUCCUGUCUCUCAGCAGCAGCUCCUUCUUCAGCCCCAACAUCUUCUUCGGCAGUCACCAUGGCUCCCACAACAGCUGAUCCGAUGGAUCACCUCCCCACUGGCCUCAAGCUAUUCGUACGGAAUCUCCAAUCUCUUACUCCAGCGAAACUUGAUGAUUCAAACUAUCCCUCUUGGUCAGCAACUAUUCGCGCUAAUCUUAUGGCUCAUCGUCUUCUCGGUUACGUGGAUGGAACGGAACCGGCACCUCCCUCUCUUCUCCUUGACGAAAAAGCUGCUACCUCCGGCAAGGAAGAUCCACCCGUCAUGAAGGCAAAUCCAGCCUAUGAGACGUGGCUGAUUGUCGAUGCCCAGAUCCGUGCAUAUUUAUUGGCCAUCGUCUCCCCCACUGUUCAAACGCACAUCCAUUCUCUUCCCACGUCUGCAGCUAUAUGGACUCACCUUGAGCAACGGUAUAAUUCUCUAUCUCGCACCCAUAUUUUUCAGUUGAAAGAACGUCUCCAUAGUCUUCAAAAAGGGAGUGAUUCCAUGCAAACCUAUCUUGACAAUGUCUUGAAUAUUGUUUCCUCCCUUACUCUGGCUCAUGAGCAUAUCUCGGACCAAGACGUCAUCCUUUGCAUACUCCGUGGACUGCCAGCGGAUUAUAGUUCUCUGAAACAGAACAUUCGAACCAAUAUUGGGAAUGUCAAUUUAAAUCAAGUCUCGGCUUGGCUUCUAUCAGAAGAACUCAACAUCAAUCUUGAGAGACAAUUACAAAUCACAGGUUCUGCCUCGUCAUCUGUUUCGGAAAUUCACAAUGCCCUUUUCACAAAUUCUGGCCGGGGUAAUUUUCGCGGCCGGGGACGCGGUGGUUACCGCGGUAGGGGCAGUUCUCGAGGCAGGGGUGCGUACGGUGGGGCAAAUGCUCAUGUGACUUCUGAUUUAUCUCGUCUGCAGUCUUCUUCACCAUAUCAAGGCACCAACUCUAUAACUACUGCGGGAGGACUUUACAAUUCGGGACAACCGUACCAAUCAAGUGCUAUUCAAGGGCCCGUGUGAGCGUGGUCUGUACUCCAUUCCAGCGUCCAAGUCACUCGUGGUCAACAUGGUCAAAGUCACCCCUCAUCAAUGGCAUUGUCGUCUUGGUCAUCCAUGUGUUCAAGUUACCAAGUCCUUAUUAGCACAACUAGGUUUUAAAUUCCAAGAACUUGAUCAUUGCAAUUCUUGUUCACUUGCUAAAUCCCAUAAGCUUCCCUUUCCUGUAUCUGAAACAAAAGCAUCUUCCCCUU